AUGUCGGGGCCGAUCGUAGACGCAGAGGCCGCCCUCGCGCGCUGCGUGGAGGCGAUGCGCGAGACGUUGCUGUCGGCUCUCGGAGACGCUCUGCCGCAGUCAACCGAGACGCCGGAGGCAACGGGCUUGGGCGAGGGGCUCGUCGACACAGUGGCACAGCGGCUUGAGUGGGAGUCUGACGUGGAGCAGCAGCGCAUCGCACGACUCGUCGACGGGCUCGAUCAGCACUUCGCGGCACUGGAGCGCUCUGUGCUGGGGCUGCCAGAUGCCCAGGUGGAAGCGCUGGACCGCGACAUCGCGUGGCUUGGCGCCGAGGCGUCGUCGUUAGCACAGGCGCUAGUAGGCGUCUACGACGAAGCGGAGGCCCUCGCCGCGCGGCUCGAGCGCGAGGUCGCGACGCAGCAGGUGCCGUUCAUCUGA